AUGAGACUCCUCAAUACAAAAUCGUACGAGCUGUACGAGCAUCACGAGCACUCUAGCUACCAGGCACCGCUCCCUCCCUAUGCUGUGCUGUCGCAUACCUGGCUCGAGAGCGACUCCAAGGGUGUCAAGGAAGUCAUAUACCAGGAUAUGAAAAAUUCCUUCUUGUCGCUCAAGCACGGAACGCUCAAGCCGGAUGGCUGGUCAAAGCUAACGAGCUUCUGUGACCGCGCGAGAGAAGACGGCUGGGAGUGGGCGUGGAUGGACACUUGCUGCAUCGACAAGACGAGUACUGGCGAUACGCAAGAGGCUAUCAACGCCAUGUUUCGAUGGUACGGGGAUGCUGCCGUCUGCUACGCCCACCUUGCAGAUGUAUGCCUGGGUGCAUCUGCCGAUCCCACCGGUUCCAGUCCCGAGUAUGACCGAAACGACCUGGGAAGUCGUCUUGCGAGAUCCAGAUGGUUUACAAGAGGCUGGACGCUACAAGAACUUGUUGCUCCGCAUCAUCUGAGAUUUGUUGAUUGCGACUGGAAACACAUUGGCACACGUGAGAACUGGGCACGGGAGAUUGAAUGGACCUGUGAUAUUGGGACUGGUCAGCUGGUAAACUUUGAGCCAGAGAAUACACGUUCCAGCUCACUUGCAAUGAGACUGUCUUGGGCAUCCAGACGCGAAACAACUGUCGAAGAGGAUGAGACGUAUUGCUUACUAGGCAUCUUUGGUAUAAGUAUGCCUUUGGUGUAUGGCGAAGGAAGGACAUUGGCAUUUACCAGAUUUCAACACGAGUUGAUACGAAAUUACGACGAUGAUUCGAUAUUUGCCUGGGCCGGAGGAACUUAUAUUUGUAAUCCCCUCGGCAACGACCGCCACGGAACAUAUAGCCCGGUUCUAGCGCCAUCCAUUCGCUGCUUUCAACAUGCUUCCAAUUUUCAAAGUGCAUCGAAUUCCUUCUACAUGACCAACAGAGGACUACGCAUUACAGGUCAAUUGGGGAAAAUUGAACCCUUUCGUGGCGCUGAAAGAGCCGACUCGCCCAAGAAUAUAUAUUUCCUGCUUUUGAACUCGAGAGACGUUGAUGAUGAACCGCCGUACAAACACCGAAUUGGCAUAGCUCUGAGGCGGAACGGCGAUGGUGACUACCAGAGAAUCGUCAAGAACAUCAUCUACACUCCUAUGGGAAACGAGGCUACUAUUCACGAACGCCUCACGAUAAGUAAAUCCUUUACGUUGUCAGAGUUGGACACAUUGCCUGAUGGUUUCUUUUGGUUGGACCCAUCCAAAACCUUUUUGCAACCACCCUGCAAAGAAACCAUUACUAUCCGAAACGGCCAUGUGCAGGACACACAGUCUUGGGGUAAUAUCCGUUCUAUACUUCGAUUCGAGUACCCCGAGUCGUGUAUCGAAAUUCUCGGCAUUUUUGAAGUAUUGCUCGGGCACGAGCCUGCGCGCGAAAGGGACCGCUUGUGGCCUCUCCCACAACAAGCCUCUGCAGCUUCUUCUCUUCUUUCACAGUAUGUAAUCCGCCUCGGCAUGCUGCAUACGCACCAUAUAGAGCUUCAGGUUAAAGCUGUGCGACAAAAGUUUGUCGUCAGUGUCCGCUUAACGACACACGGUACCGCCAUGGCAUCCAUCCGAAAGUGGGAAGAUGUCUUGUCGGAGCAUGCAGCAGCAGACCAGCCAAACAUUGACCCAGCCUUGAGCGAACAGGUCAUUCUUGGUGGCAACAUCCGCAUCCAGCUGCUCCCACGGAGAUCACAGAGCCGAGGCAAACCUUUGAAUUACACACUUGAGAUGUCGAUUAUCAUGGACAGUGUUGCCGAAGGCAGUUCUUGCAUAUCGCCUAACUUGAUUCAGCGAACAAGCGUGGAGCGUGGAGAUGGGACUCGCGGUGAAGAACUUCUUCUUCUACGUGGGACUUCAGGGGAGCCGGCCAGAGCCGUGCCUUUUGUUGCGGAGGAUUAA